AUGGAAGCUACUAACGCAAUGACUCCUGGUGGAAUCAUUUCGGCAACUGACUAUGUCGUGUCAGCUUUCACAAAACUGACUGUGGGUCAAGCGCAGCAGUAUCAAACCCGAUUCGGGGUUAUUCGUUACGCCAACACAACAGAUCUUGUAGCAGAUCUAAACGUUUACACUUCAACAGCAGAUCUAUUCGACUUGAACAUAUUGCCGCUGAACGAAACAGGAACCAACAUAGAAGGCGCAAUUCGUCUGGCCACUUCGAAAUUCGCGUCCUCAUCACAUCGCCUUGCUGCUCGUCCAGUACUUAUCAUCGUCGGAAGCUCUUACAACGAAGAUAUGUUAAGAAGCGGCGGAUACAACGAUCCCACACAAGCAGCUAGCGAAUUCCGUGAAGAUGGCGGCACAAUCAUCACCAUCGAGUACGUGCAAGAACAUGGACUACAAGUGCCACUAUUACGAACGCUAGCUUCACCCAACUACAACUUGACCAACAAGAAAGAUGAUGGCACGGAAUUACGAGCUGAUGACCUGCGUCAUUUGCUUUGUGAAGAGUACGUGCAAGAACAUGGACUACAAGUGCCACUAUUACGAACGCUAGCUUCACCCAACUACAACUUGACCAACAAGAAAGAUGAUGGCACGGAAUUACGAGCUGAUGACCUGCGUCAUUUGCUUUGUGAAGGUGAGGACUACUAA